AUGGACGGGCGGGUCUCACCGGUCGGGGGCGAUGGCCGGAAGGGUGACCCAGCGUUAACAUCCUUGACGUUUUCGCUGCCCGUCCAACCGGGAGAGGCUCCCGAGACCUACGUCGUCCAAAUCCCUCGCGACCAAGUUUACCGCGUCCCGCCGCCGGAAAAUGCCAAAAUCGUCGAGGGUUACCAGGAGAUGCGGUCCACUAAUAAGAAGGAUACACGGCUUCGCAAAUGUUGCUUUUGGUUCCUCGUCCCUCUCGUAGUCCUAGGGAUCCUGAUUGGCACCAUCGUCGGAUCUAUCAACGCUAUGUACACCCCUAAAUCCCCAAAAUUCUCCAUCGCCGCAAUCCAAUACAAGAAAUCCGCACGACAUCCCACGUUCCAUAUCUCGUUGCACGUUCAUAACAUCAACCAGAGAAUGAAGGUUUCGUUCGGAGACGGAGGUAAAUCCUCGCUGGUUUUCAAGAACCGUGUCAUCGGAAAGGGGAAAUAUCCAUCGGUUUCCGUAAAACCAAAGAAAUCAACGGACGUUGAUUUGAAGAUGGUUGCGAAACUUUCCGGCGAUUUACGCAAGGAGCUCAACGGUCGCAGGAAGAAAUUGAUGGCGUUGAAGAUCAGUGUGCCAAUGGAGAUUUCGAGUUGGGCUAAGGGGAAGAAAAAAGACAUAAGUAUUAAGUGUGUUUUCAAGGUGGGUUCAUUGGCAAAGAGCACAGAUUUAUCGGAAGAAUGUCAAGCAGAUUUUUAA